AUGAAUAUAAAGUUUGUUUACAACUAAAAGACUCAUAAAAUCUCUGCAAAAAAUUAAACUCUAGCUGAAGUAAAAAGUGCUAUAUAAAAUAUAUAUCCAAAUGAACUUUAGAAAGGAUUUACUUUAUAUGUUACUUUAGAUUAAAGUAAAAUAUUUAAAUUCACUUGUAGCUUAAAGUCCCUAUUAAUUAUAGGAUGAAUAGUUUUUUUCAAGAAUAAAGGACUUAUACACUUAUUUAGGAUGGCAAUCAAUUAAGUUUGUUGUCAAAGAUAUCAAUAAUCCAUAAUUGACAGCCGAUGAUAUUAAUACACUUAAUUAAAGUGUAAUUGUAAAGUCUAAUGUGCAAUUGACAUAAUUUGAUGAUAUUUUAUUAAAAAAAGUAUCAGAUUAACCAAAAGAGUAGAAAAAAGAGAUUAAAUAAAGUAAUAAUUCUGAUUAAUAAACUAAUGUUAUUGAAGGAUUUACACAUGAGUAAUAUAAUUUAAGCUAUAUUUUUAGAAUAAUUUAACAGAUUAAUAAGCUGUCUUUGUAGGAUAUUGAUUGCAAUAAUGAAGAAUUCAAAAAGUUUGUAAUUGAGUAAGUAGAUGAAAGAUUAGUAUUUCAUGGAAUCAUAUAAAAUAAUAAUAAUAAUAAUAAUAAUAAUAAUAAGAAAGAAUAAAUUUAAUAAGAGAAGCCAAUAGUUCCUUAAUAUAAAAUGUAGGUCAUUUAUAAAUAAAACAAUCAAAUAUAAAUGGAAAUAGGGAAACCAUAUAAAUGGGAAAUACAUUUAAAGAAUGAUGGUAAUGUUGUAUGGAAAAAAGGAAUUGUAAAAUUAGUUGGUAUAGCUGGUACAUAUAAAGACUUAAAGAUAGAAGUAUAUUAUAUAUAUAAUAGAAUUUUAGUUAUAAAAUGAUGUUAAACCUUAGGAUUAGGGAUUAUUUGCAUGUAUUUUAAAUCCUCCUACAUAAGAAGUUAAUAAUGUUAAUAAUGAAUUUAAAGUAAUAAUUUAUAUGUAAAUAUAUUUUAGUUGGCACAUUUUAAUGGAAAUAAACCAGAAUUUUUUGGUUAAAAAAUAUGUUUUUGUUUAUUUGUGAAAAAUAAAAAUGAAAAAAAUGAAAAACCAUCAACAAUAACCUAAAAGGAUGCUAAAUUUGAUGGUAAGAUAUUAUUAAUAAAUCUAGCUACAAUAAAUGAUAUGAAAUUAUAGAAAAUAUAAAAACUUUCAGAAAUUUUAAGAAUCCCUCAUUCACAAUCAUAAUCAUUUAUUGAAGAGAAUUAAAAUCUAAAUAUUGAAUAAUUGAUUGAAGCAUAUCUUGCUAAAAAAUAUUGA